UAAACAGUCAUGGAUAAACAUGAUAUAAACUCUAUUUCUAAAAAACGUCGGAUAAAUUAUGCUGUAACCGAAGAUAUCCAAAAUCUCAUAGGUGAGCGAGGUUCUAUGGGUGUCCAAUCCAGCUUUCAGAAAACAAAAUGUGCGGAUAAUAUAGUCUACAAAUUAUACUUCAAGGGUUUGGUGAGUGAUGAAACGUCGACAAACAUGAAAAUGAUUGUGAAGGUUGGAUUUGGGGUCGCGAUAUGCGACGAGGCGGAUAACUUAUUCCAUGGCAUAGGUAAAUCACUUAAUGACUCCGUGAAUAACCGCGAAGAAGCAGAUUUUCUUGCACUGAUUACUGGAUUAGAUGAAUCAAUUCGUCGUGGGAUAAUCGGUAGAGAGAAGCCUCAGCAGAAGAUUGUCCAUCUUUUGGAAGAAGUCCAACGCCUUAGAGGGAAACUAGCUUCUACUGGAACUGUUUUGGUUGCGCGAGAUGAUGUUAACUUUGCUCUUAGACUUGCAAUAGACGCACUAGUUUCUGAAAGCAGCAGUAGCAGUGAUGAUAGAGAAAAAACUUGUGCCAUUUGCAUUGAAGAAACCGAUGCUGAGCACAUGUUCUUUACCGACAAAUGCCUUCACCGUCAUUGCUUUUCUUGCGUGAAUAAGCAUGUGGAAGUGAAGCUGCUUAGCGGAACAGUGCCCACAUGCCUUGAAUCUGGAUGCAAAUCUGAGCUCACUCUUGAAAGUUGUAGCCAGGUUUUGACACCAAAGCUGAUUGAGAUGUGGAAACGUAAGAUGGAAGAAGACUUAAUUCCCGAUGCAGAGAAGAUCUAUUGCCCAUAUCCACGCUGCUCAGUGUUGAUGUCCAAAACCGAGCUUUCAAGUGAAGCCGAACAAUCCAAUGUUCGGGCAUGUAUCAAAUGCUAUGGACUCUUCUGCAUUGACUGCAAAGUACCAUCGCAUUCUGAUUUGUCCUGUGCUGAGUACAAGAGACUUCACCCUGAACCUCUAUUUGAUGACAUGGAGUUUAAGUGUCUGGCAAACGAUCAAAUGUGGCGUCAAUGUACUGAGUGUAAGCACAUGAUUGAACUUUCUGAUGGUUGCAACCACAUUACCUGCAGAUAUGAGUUUUGCUACAGAUGUGGGCACGAAUGGACUAAGUACCAAUGUCCUUCCGGUUGCCCGCUUAUGGGCGAUGAUGAAGAUGAAGCUGAAUUUGAUUUUGAUGAUAAUGAUGAGGAGGAUGACAAUGAUGACGAUGAAAAUGAAGCUGAAUAUGAUUUUGAUGAUGAUGAGGAGGAGGACAAUGAUGACGAUGAAUAUUAUGAAGAUGAAGAUUAUGAUGAAAUUGAUUUUGAUGACGAUGAUGAAGACGAAGCUGAAUAUGAUUUUGAUGAUGAUUAUGAAGACGAUGAUGAUGAAGAUUAUGAAGAGGAUGACGAUGACGAUGAUGGUGGCUCAACAUACAGCUUCGAAGAGCUUUGAAGAGAGAUUUUGUGAAUCAUCGAGUCCAAUAUAUGUUGUCCCAAAGAGAUUGAAAUAUGUCAAAUGAGCAGAGAGAUAAGAGCAGAUAAACUCCCAAAUAAUUUUUAGUUUUGAAUAAUUUUUGUAAUGUUCU